GGGAGUCUAUGGGAUACGGGCAUUUUUAUGUUUGGGGAGUCUAUGGGAUACGGGCAUUUUUAUGCGUGAUGAUACGGGCAGUGUAUGGUGAUUCUAAGAGAUAUGCGCAGUUUUGUGUUUGGGGAUUCUAAGUGUGCCCAACAUUGUCUUUAGUCUGUUUCUGAUUGGACUUAAUGUUAUAUGUCCUCUUCGUCCUUAACCGUGGACAACAUUGUUUUUUUCCCCAGUACCGGCGGGCGGACUGGACUCUGGUGCCAGGUUCACAUACGUGUGUGCAGCACCUGCAAACUCAGCCUGCACCUGGAGGAGCUUAGCUUCGCCGCCUGCACCACCAGGGGCCGUGGACGAAGGAGAAGGCCCAAUCAAGACUGGUGUUAUAAUGGCUGUGAUCACAUCCACCUGCAUGAGGUUGACCCCCCGUACGACGAGGUCACCCACCGGGACUACUUUCUAGAGAACGAGGGCGAUCACUACAUCUCCAUCUCUGGAAACAUCAAAGUGCGCCACUGCGCUGGAAACACGUCUCUAACAGAUGGUCGACGCUUCAAGAUUGCAUACAAAGUCAUAGACAAGACAGAGCUUCACCAGGGCGUAGUGUCUGAGUACGGGGACAACACUGGUGUCGUGACCUCUCCCAACUUUCCGCACGGCUACGCCCUGAACGGCGAGGCCUUCACCUUCAUGAUACAGAACCUUGACCCUUACGGAUACGUCCGGCUGACAUUUGACGACUGGGACAUCGCUCCUGAGAGUAAAAUCAAGGUAUACGACGGGUUCUCCGAAGGGUCAUCUCACGUGACACUGGAACGCUUCAGGCGUCCUGUGAUCGUUUCCGAGAGCAAUACUCUCGUCUUAGUGCUGUCCACGGGCACACAAAAGGACGACUGCUGCUACCACAGCGGCUUCAAGGCUCGCUACCAGUUCGUAUCAGAACGCCAGUGGAAGGAGCGGCCCGACGUGUCAUGUAGUGAGACCCACCCCCUGCAGGGAGGAGGAACGCUCUCUUUCACACGCUCAUCCAACACUGGUUCCCUGUUCUACGACUGUGUUUGGCUCAUAAAAAGAUACAACCGACUCAACACUGCCGAUGCCGUGGUACUUCGACUUAUAGAAGUGCUGCUUGGCGACGGCUGGCUCAAGUACGGCAAAAGGAACUCUCUGGAGAUACGUCACGGCGUGACGUCAGAAGCUCCUCUACUGGCGCGGUACACGGCCCGGAACCUGACAGACAUCGAGAUGUCGAUCACGGCGCCGCGUGGUCUUUACAUCCGUCUCCGGGGCGGUUUUUACACAACUGACAAGUUGUCCUUCAUGUACACUGCUGUGAAAAACGUCACCUUAGGUGGUGAGGGUUGUCCAGGUUACUUUGACUACCUGUGCCACAACCUUCUGUGUAUCGACCAGGAGCUUAUGUGUGACGGGGACGAUCACUGUGGUGACGGGUCGGACGAGAGCCCUCUCCUUGACUGUACUGUGUCUUUGGGCAGCACGCAAGCGUCCCGCCCCCCUUGUGACGGCGUGGUGGUGUGUGGCAGCGAGUGCCUCACCCUGGACCAGAUUUGUGACGGAGUUCCAGACUGCCCGGGCAGGGAGGAUGAGGACAACUGUGUUUUCAGUGCAGGCGACUACUUCUGA